AUGAUGGCCAUGCGUAUACUGUUAUUUCUCAUCUCCUGUAUUUUAACCAAUAGUCAUUAUUCAUUAUAUCAUUCAAAUAUUCGUCAAACCUCUUAUCUCAUAUUCGAUUGUUUAUAUGCUUAUUUUAUUGAAGGUGGAAAAGAAAGUGGUGGACGCUAUAUUCGUAAUUAUCAUUUAAUUCCUUAUUGUAGACGUCCUGAUGAUAAUGACGAACUAGAACCAGUUUCCUAUCUUGACAAUGAUAAUAUAGCACAAACAAUAACUUUUGAUGAAUUAAAGAAACAAGGUAUCACUAGUGAACAAUUACUUGAAUGGUUUGCACCUAUCGAUGUUGCAGAGAAAUAUGAGAUGAAUAACGAUAGUGCAGAUAUUUUUCAUAAAUGUGUACCACCAUGGUUUGGUUCGAUGUGCCAAUAUAAAUUUCAGCAUGAUCUAUCAUUAUCGUUCGGCGAUAUUGUUCAAGCUACUUUUAGCCUUUACUCAAACAUUAUUGCUAAGGUCACUGUUGGUACAUGCUAUCGAUUUUUGGAGAGUUGUCAUCGAGAUUCGUGGCCUCAAUGUUUAGAUUGGCGUGAAAUUUGUGAUGGAAAAAUGGAUUGUAUAAGUGGAGAAGAUGAACAAUGGUGUGAUCAACUAGAAAUGACUAAAUGUAGUGAUAAUGAAUAUCGAUGUCAUUAUGGUGGCCAAUGUAUUCCAUUGAAUUUUUACAAAGACAGUAGACUUAGUAUUGAUUGUCUGGAGGGGAGUGAUGAACAAGAUCAUGUUACGGAUUAUUCUCUGUUGGUGAAUGUGUAUUGUAUGAAUAUUCAGACAUUUCGAUGUCAGGAACAUACUGGUCGAUAUCCUUUGUCUUUUCAAUGCGGCCAUGGUCAAUAUUUAAUGUUCUUUGGAGUUCCUAAUUUCAUAUCUGUUUGUUCGAACAAUCGAGAUAUAGCAUUAUCUCGUGCCAUCCUUACUUCAUUCAAUUAUAUCUCAAAUAUUAGUUGUCGAGAAGCAUUUUUUUGUGCUCUUUACUCCAAUCGAACACUGCACUCAGUGGAUAGAUCUGCACUUUUAGAUAAUAUAUCGGAGAAAUUUUAUAGCUGUAUAGGAUCUGUUGAUUAUGGAUUUCAUCAGUAUGAUAAAAUAUGA